CAUCUUUUCCCUAAUCCCUUCGAAUACAAUUCACUCUCCCUCCCUCGUUUCCCACUUCAUUCAUUCGCUUUCUCUCAUUCUCUAAUAAUAAUCAUUCUCCAAAAACAAACAAUGAGAACUUUAUGCCCAAACUUAGACAAUGAAGACGCACUUGAAACUGUUCUCGAAGUUCCAAUACCCGAAGAAAGCUUUGAUCAUAGCUAUGAGACUAAUAAUAAUUAUAAGAUGAGCAAUUCCUGGCAAACCAUGAAAUCUUGGAUGAAACCACAUUCCAAUAAUAAUAAUAAUGAUCAUCAAAAACGCCACUCCUUUCCUGAUUUUGGUGGCCGAGACGCUGAAAUCCAGCUUUUGCUUGGAGUCGUUGGGGCUCCUCUUGUCCCUCUUCCCAUUUCUUCUGCUGGUCAUUCCACUAUCACCAAACCUGUCAUUCAAGAUAAUCCUAUCGAAUCUUCAAUGGCUAAAUACAUCGUGCAACAAUACAUAGCAGCCGCGGGUGGUGAAAAGGCUUUAAACAGAGUUGACAGUAUGUACGCCGUAGGGAAGGUGAAGAUGGUGGCGACAGAGUUCACCACCGGAGACGGAAUAACCAUGAGCUGCGGUGGUGUCAAAGCCGUGAAACCCAAGAGCGUGAAAAAUGGUGGUGGUGAAAUGGGCGGGUUUGUGUUAUGGCAAAAAAGGCCAGACUUAUGGUCCUUAGAACUGGUUGUUUCCGGUUUCAAGAUCAGCGCUGGAAGUGACGGGAAGGUGGCCUGGCGUCAGACACCGUGGCAUCAUUCUCAUGCUUCUAGAGGCCCGCCUAGACCUCUUCGUCGUUCUUUACAGGGUCUGGAUCCAAAGUCAACGGCUAAUUUGUUCACAAAUUCAAUUUGUAUCGGAGAGAAGAAUGUUAAUGGAGAAGACUGCUUUGUGCUAAAGCUUGAGGCAGAUGUUUCAGCUCUAAAAGUGAGAAGCAGCAACAAUGUGGAAAUCAUGAAGCAUACAAUUUGGGGGUAUUUUAGUCAGCGGACCGGCCUUUUGUACCAGCUUAAAGACUCGCACCUAAUUAAAAUCAGAAGCUCUGGAAGUGAUAGUGUGUUUUGGGAGACUACCAUGGAGUCGCUAAUCCAAGAUUAUCGGACCAUCGAAGGGGUUAACAUAGCUUAUGGUGGUCAAACAACUGUUUCAUUGUUUAGGUUUGGCGAGGACUCAGAAAGUCAUUCACACACGAAAAUGGAGGAGGUUUGGACCAUUGAGGAAGUUGAUUUUAAUAUCAAGGGUCUUACAAUGGACUGUUUCUUGCCUCCAAGUGACUUAAAGAAAGAGGAAGAUCAACCAAUGGUUCACUCUAAAGGAGGUGAAAAGUUUACCGGAAUCACCAGGUUGACCUCCAAGAGCCGAGGGAACUCUACAAGGUUUGGUGCUCCUAAGAUUGUGGCGGUUGAUUCCAACGAUUUCGGUGACUUGUGACGUAAAGUCUGUCUAAUAAUGUCACCCUAUGUACAUAUGAUAUCUUACAAGUUGUAUAAUAUACUAGUUAUAGUGAAUCGUUUGAGCUUAUAUGUGCUCUUAGACGAUCUUAUAGAGGAUAUUAGUCGGAUAUCUUUUUUUAUUUACAUAUCAUAACCAAAUGGUUACCUACUUUAA